AUGGAGAACUUAGCAACACCGGAGAAACAACCCGCAACUUCACAACCACAACAAUUCUCGCCAACACCUACCCAACCUUCACCAAACACUACCAUACCAGUUCCACCACAACAACCGCAAUCUACACAACCUACCUCUACAUCUCCAGUACCAUCAUUCUCAACCUUUUUCCCAAACUUUGAUAACAAUGAACCAACUUCCACCCAAACAACAUCUCUUCAACACCCAACUACAAACCAGACUGUCAAUUUACAGCAGUCGUCUCCUUACGUUAGAAUCAUUCCUGAUGACACUCCAUCACCGAUUCAAACUCAAGCACCUAAUGCAACAAUCAAUAUUACCAGCCCCAAAAUCAAAAUAACUAUCAGAGGGAAAAUAACGUCGGUUAUCAAAGGAACUACCAGCAAGGUAAUGGUCAGGUGA